CUUACGUACUGGCGCACUGACCAACAAGCCGUAGCGACCACCGACUCUACUGCCAAUCCGAGCAUUCUCCGCCAUUACGCUUCGAUUACAAGCAAUAUCAUUCCAGUUGUGUUUUUUCUUUCUUGUCAAAAUCACCACUAGCGCUGUAACGUUCCUCGUCUAUAUCAGCAGCCGAUCACGUACUCAACGUACUCGCCAUUUAUCCUCGCAAAAAUGAUGCAGCAAACAUAACCUUUCAUUAAUGGAUAAUCAUAUCCAUCAUUUGAUUUUCACCCUACGAAUUGAACGGUAUACUUUAUAUACCUCAGGUAUAUUUAGGAAUGAACGAAGCAAAUGAGGCGCAGCAGCGCCUUGGAUCCAAUGAUGAAAAACUCGAUAUGGAAAAUGUAGAAUUUAGCCACGAAGAACUUGUAAAAUUGACUAAGGAAGCUAUUGACAAAAUCAUCGAGAGUGAUCCAUUAUUAUGUGGAUUACCACGAGAUGUUACGGUUGAAGAGAUCAAGGCUCAAACGGCGGUUACACAGGGUCAAGCAAUAACGUUAUAUUUAAAUCGUGGAGAACUGCCAAAACUUGCUAUUGUGGUACCCCCACACAAUACUACAGUCCUUGAUUUGAAGAAGGCCAUCAAACGGCAUACGAAUCUGGCACUGAGGAGGGAGCAUGUGAAGAAAAAGAUUAGCUGGAAACACAUUUGGAAGAAAUAUCACAUUUGUUUUCAAGAUGUUAAAUUAACUAAUGAUAGCGAAAAUAUAAAGGCAUAUGGACUCAGUAAUAAGAUGGAACUGCAUUAUGUUAAGAGACACAGGGAAAAGAAUAAGAUACAAUAAAUACACUCUGAAAAAUA